CGCAGCGCUAGCCUUCACACUAUCCCAACACAUCCAAAGCAACGACAUCACCUUCGGCCUGGUGAUGGACACGCGCGCCAAUCCGGUGCAGGACGCAACGACCAUCCUAGGACCAUGUAUCAACAUCAACCCAGUGCGCGUGCAGCUGCCGCUGCCGCCGCCGUCGGAGGCCGGGCAACCGUGGACGGCGCGGGAGCUCUGCCACGCGCUGCACGAGCAGUACGUGCGGAUCGCGCGCUACAGCGUGCUAGACCUAGACGAGUUCACCGCCUGCAGCACGGAUUGGGCCCCCGGCACGCGCUUCGGGUGCAUCGUCAACCACCUGCCCCGGGAGGACUAUCCGCCGCUUGCGUUCGACGGCGCAGACACGGCGUUUCGGUCCGCCGACCUCCGCAUCUGCCUGCCGGGUCAGAUGCUCGUCCGGUGCAUUACGGUCGGCGGCGGCGAGCUGAAGAUCCAGGUUCUUGCUUCCGGCGUUGUGUUGGAUGGUAAGGGGGCUGCGGCGCUGGCGCGGACGCUGCUGGAGACCGGUCAGCGGUUUGCGCGGUUUCCGGAUGCGUUGCGUUCGGCGCCGCGGUUUGUAGACUAGGCUGUUGUCUGCUGUGGUCUUCGGUUGGGGGUGUUAGGGUUCAUGUGGGACUGGCAUGGUUGAGGAUGCGUUCGGCGAUGGACCGCUGAAAGUGGAUGAAGAGGAGUAAGCCAUGUCGAGGUCUCCCGUGUCCCAGAUAAGACAUCAUCCAUCAACAACAGUCAGUGCUUUUCGUAUAGAUUAAUUGGCAGAUUGGGCAAGGCUUACCAAUUCGAAUCAUAAGUUGGUCUUCUCAGAAGUAGUUU